AUGUUGAUGACGCCCGCCACCACCCGCCCUCUGGACCAAGUCCCUAUGGACGACGUUCCGGCGGAUGUGGAGUUGUGUGACAUGGCGGACGUGGCCGACUUUUCGUGGCACGUGGUGUUGAGGGUGUCUGCAGAUGAAGAGACGUGUAUCCGCUGGUGCAUGGAAGUCGGCCUGUUAGCCGAGUCCAUGGCAUGCGAAGGCGGUGGUCAUGUCGAGCUUGGAAUGCGAUUCAAGUUCUGGUUCCAAGGAUCUAGAAUCCCUAUGACGAAAUUGGUACGUCUGUUGUUUGCGUGGGCGUCAAGAAAGCCGCUGGGUGUCGUCAUCGUGGAAGAAGAAAUCUCCACCGAGGCCGGUGUGGAUUGGUACAACUAUUGUCGCGAGCUCUGUUCCAGUGAAAUGCUGCGGUCGCCUAUGGUGUGGAGUCGAUCGGAGCACGAAGAAAUGGUUCAGGUUGUCACUGGUGCGGACCGAACCAAGCCGACUCUGUCCCAUUUGAUCACGAAGCACAUUGCACCUGGGAGCCAUAUCGUAUCGGACAAGUUUGGGUCAUACGUUUCUUCAAAUGAACGUCACACGCUCGUGAACAACCCCUUGUUGGCCAACCAAGACUACCGCCAUGAUUGGGUCAAUCAUUCAGAGAACUUUGUGAACCCACAAAAUGGAGCGCACACGCAAUCGAUCGAAGGCGCUUGGGAGAUUCGUAUCAAGCAGUUCGCGAAGGCCAUGCGGGGAAUGCACCGACCGCAUCUCCCUUCGUACUUGGACGAGUAUUUGUGGCGAAGUUGGUACUUCCCACUUGGGCCUGACGGUAUAAAGUAUUUCAAAGGCUUAGUAUGUGCUAUCGGUAAGAACCAUUCGUAA